UCUGUCACUUUUUUUAUUGUUAUCAAUUUUUUAACAAAGUUUUACUAGCAUUUUUUAAGUACAUUCCUUUUCUUAUUAAUAAACUAUUAAAUAUUACAAAAAUUAUAAACAACAUGACAAAUUUACAACGUUGGUUGAUGUACUUAUUGUUAUUUUUGGUGCCAUAUUUUGGUAUUUUAUUUGCCACCAUUAAAACACCGGGCAUGGAAAAAUUACUAUUUCCUUUGCAAUUGUUGCCUUAUAUUUUGGUCAUAAUGUUUGGAUUAUAUGCCGCUGGUACUGUAUUAUAUCGUACGUUUACCUUCAAUGAUUGUCCCGAAGCUGCCAAAGAAUUGCAAGAACAGAUACAAGAAGCUCGCAAGGAUUUAAUAGCAAAAGGUUUUAAAUUUCGUGAUUAGUUUGUAAAAUAAGAAAAAUUUUUAUUGUAUUUAUAUUUAUAAUUUAAUUGUAAAUAGAAUAAAGUUUAUUUUUUUUUAACAAAAA